UCCCAUGGCCUACCAUCCCCUCUCCUCCACAUAUAAAACCCUCUCACUCACUCCAUCCCAUCGUCUCAUGCGUUGUGGCCUCUAGAGCGGUAGAUACAGCCACCCCCCCUGAAGCAGAAGGUCUUUCUCUCUCUGUACAUACAUUCUUACCCACUGUUCAACUGGUGUCUGUGUCGAAAUGGAUCCCAUCAGCAUAGACAAGAUCAGGGCCAUGAACAAGUACAGCAAGGGCAGGAGGAGGCAGCCGCAGCUUCUUCCUACUCUCUCACUCUACUUCUACCUGGCCGUCGCCACCUUUGUCCUCUGCCUGUUGCUCACUAGCCCUGCCUGGUUCCCCGGGCUGUGCUCGGCCCUCGCCUCCUCCUUCCUCACCACCCUCCCUGGCUUGUUCACGGCCUUCCUGCUCAGCCCCAGGUGCCUCUUCGUCGUCGGCAACCUCAUCAUCGCCUUCCUCGUCGGGGAGUCUAGGCUGGCACCAAGGAGGAGGGACGACGACGCCCAGCCUUCCUUGGUGAACGAGAUACACGAGGAGCAUGUGAAGAACAACGCGGCGGUGGCUGACCACAGCUCCUUCGUUGGAGCAGUUGUUGGGAAGGAGGUGCAGGUGCAGGUGCAGGUGAAAGAAGAGGAGGAGCAGGAGGAGGAGGAGGAGGAAGGAAACGAGGAGGAGCUGCACACGAGAGUGGAGGACUUCAUUGCGAGGGUCAAGAGGCAAAGGAAGCUGGAGCUCAAGAGCUUCUUCGAUGUUGAUCGAUGAUGACUAUGAUAUGUUUGGCAGGUGCAAAAUUACAGUAAGGUUGCGGGCGCCCUAAAAAGGAUCUGUAAUGGUUUGUGCUGCUAGCUAUCCUUUUGAUUAAUUCUGUCACUUGUAGUUGUAGUAGGUUAAAAUGUCGAAGGUAAAACGAUAAGGAGACGAACCCAUUCCACUGUAGGAUCGGAUUUGCAGUGUAACUGAGGUAGAGUCAUGGCAAGUAAGGAAAAGGAGAGGAGGCAAUGGAUGUAUGUGAUCUCUGAAAAAGGGUAAAAAAAGUGUGUUUCUUAUAUUGCUUUA